AAAAAAUAUAUAUAUAUAUCCGACGAAUUGAUAACCUUUCUCCUUUUUGUGAAGCGGUUACAAAAAUUGAGGUCGGCCGCCGUUUUUACGUACAUAUGUACAUACAGUAGAAUCUCGAAAAAGUUAACCGAAAUGUUCCAAGGGCAAUUAACUUUUUCGAAUUAACUUUUCUAAGCGCUUUGCGAAGGUCAACAAAUAUAAUAUAGUUUUAGGAAAUAACACGCUAAAUUUAUUUCAAUUACUUAGUUUUCAUCAUUACGAAAAAGGAACUUGGAUUUAAUUUGCACCAGCACAUGGAGAGUUUUCUUGUUUUCUUCUUCAUAUGUGCUCGCCACUUUCUCCAAAAUUUCAUGACGUUUUUCUUUAUCUUUGAGAUGCCCGCUUUAGAUGCACCAUAAUCCGCCAAUCGAUUUCCGUAAAUACCUCUAUCACUUUUUUCAAUCUCAGCUUUUUGAUGUAGAUUUAAUCUGAUUUUCGAUGACUUUUUCCUCUUUGUUGACAUUUUUAAACACACAAACAAUACACAAUUCACAAACUCAAACGCACGACAAAAAUAAACUCAGGGAAUACCCGUAAAGAAAUUGAGCUCGGGCUUGUUUUUGUUGCCAAGUAAAUAGUUGGUUUGAAUAAUGUAUCAGCUCAGAAAAGUUAACCCAAAAGUUAAAUUCGGUUAACUUAGCCGAGCGAUUAACUUUUCCGCGAGUUAACUUUUCCGCGAUUCUACUGUUUUUGUUUUCUUUUAUUCUGUUGAUUCUGUUUGUUUCUUCCAUCAAACGAGCGAUAUAUGGCCGCAUUGCAGUAUUAUUCGUCGUACCCCGUUUUUAGUAAAAUUUAGCCUCAGCGUCGCUUGUUUUUUAAUUAAUUAGUAAUUUGAAUUAAUAAAAAAAAAUGCUAAAUGUGUUUCAAAACUCCCAAUUUGCAGCUUCGCACAGAUGUUGUACCAAAAACUUGUGAAAAUUUUCGAGCUUUAUGUACUGGUGAAAAGGGAUAUGGUUACAAAGGCUCCACCUUCCAUCGUGUCAUUCCGAAUUUUAUGUGCCAGGGUGGCGAUUUCACCGAUCAUAAUGGCACUGGUGGCAAGUCGAUUUACGGUACCAAAUUUAAAGACGAGAAUUUCACAUUGAAACACGAAGGACCAGGCAUCCUAUCCAUGGCCAAUGCUGGCCCGAAUACUAACGGUUCACAAUUUUUCAUUUGCACUGAAAAGACUGAAUGGCUGGAUAAUAAGCAUGUUGUUUUUGGCAAAGUUGUCGAAGGCUUGGAUAUAGUGAAGCAAAUUGAAGGUUUCGGUUCGGAUUCUGGCAAGACAAAGCGCAAGAUUGUAAUUGCUAAUUCUGGCGUAUCGGAGUGAAUUUGUGCUAUUUUAGUUUUUCUAGUUUUACAAAUUCAUAUAAAUAUUCUGUGAUUUUGGUUUGGUUGUUGUUGUGGUGGUAU